AUGACCCUAACCACGGAACUGGGCUGUUAUGGCCCGCCACAGCGCAUUGCUGAACAUGCUGGAGGAUCAACCAUCGACGACUCAAAAUUGAGGGAGGCUUUUCAGCCUGAUAACUAUCCUCGACUGUAUAAUCUUCUAAUUGAGCAGCAGAAAAAGCCGCGAUGUUCUAUUCCUUUAUCGAUUAUUGUUAAGAUGCUGUAUUCGGUGUGGAUUCAAAGCGAGGAGUAUUCCAAGUAG